AGUGGUCACAGUGCCGCCAUUUCCUUUUACCGUGUUCCGAGAUGGAGCCAAUGAGUUUUCCAAUUUCUCGUAGUUUGUGAUGGUUUUUAUUUAUAUUCUAAUUUUUUAAAUGCAUCUUGAGAAAGUGUAAAUAAUGGUUAAAGGCAACAGUACCGUGAAGAACAACAAAUCCGUGUCUUUCCAGCCGUAUGACGCCUCCAAUUCUCUCGUGAAGAAGGUAACAUCUCGCGUCAGUGAGUUAUUCCAACAGCCGGCAUGGAUUGGCAAAUGGCUGGCUAUGCCAUCGCCCGGAGCAUCGCCUUUUGACACUGGUGAAAGUCCUCAAACCGAUACAAGCCCUGGAAAUCAUGACUUGCACUCUUCAGCCGAAGAUGACCUUCUGGCUGAGCAACCACCGGCUAAAAGAGCCAGAGUUCCUUUUAACCCUCAGUACUCAAAGCUGCACAAGCUAACGUUUCCAUCGCCUGAACCUGGUCCAUCGAUUGGUCAAGGAGUUAGUCCUAUUGUCAAUCACAACAAAGCAAGUGAUAAUGCGAAUAACAUAAGCAUGCCUGGACCAUCAAAUAGGAUGAGUUUUGUUGCAUCGACGCCUCAAGUCGGUAACUGCAUCAGUAACUCUACUGAAAACCCAUCCAAAACAACCAUGAAUGGAGAUGAUAAUUGCUCAGACAGCAGUGAGUCAACUAGUGGGUGCUCAUCUUUGGUUCCUCAAGAUAACAUUUUUAAGAAGAAUAGUAGCAAUAACACGAAUGUAUCAGGAGAAAUGAGCAGUCUGUCAAGAUCUAGGAUACAGCAUAGUCGAAUGAAUCCUAAUACCCUAGCAGCAAGGCGCCCAUCCUUCAAUGCCUCAUCCUUCAUAGCAUCGUCUAAGAUAGGAGCAAGCCCUAACACUAGUCCAUUUUACUCUGGUCGCACUAUGUACGGUGGAGCUUCGCAUUAUCGGCGUUGCGCUGAAGUAGGAGGCCUUUUCUCACCUACGCAUCAUUCACCUAAUCUAGCUAUUCGUCCAGCGGUGAGCCCUUGUCGAACAACAACCACCACUGGAAUGAGCUCUACCGCAAGAAGGAUUUUAGAUGCCUUAGAACAAUUUUCUACCCCAGUCCUGGACGCAAAACGUAUACCAUUGAAAAAAUCAUCCCCCAAAACUGAUGAAAGAGUUAGACCGAACAAACGUAAAAUGUCUGAACUGAGCUCUAGUAUACCAACCACUCCAGACCUUCUAAGACUAAAACGCAAAGAACGUUUGCAAGAUUCAAUGCUGGCAGCAAGAAAUUCUUCAUCAACAUUCUCAACUCCUGCUAGUGACUAUUCCAUCAGGGAAGAUGAUGGUGAGACUUGUGACAAUUACAAAGGCAAAAUAAAAACCAAAAGAAAGGACAGAGACAAAGAUAUGAAUAUUACUCCGUUAGAUGUGAACUUACCAAAUGUUUCUCUUGGAGUUUCUGCACUUCCAAAGAUUGACAUUGCAUUACCCCCGAAACCUUCACCCAUUAGUAAACCAAUUCCUCCAUUUAGCAAUUCAAGUAGUAGUUUUUUCAAAUUUUCUAAGCCCAGUCUUGACACUUUCAAAAAAGUUGACCUUAGUAAAUCAAAUUCAUCAGAAUCUGUUAGCUUAUCAGCUACCCAGACUACAACGUCAAAUUCGAAUUCACCCUCGAUGAACUUUGUGUACAAACCAACAAAUACAAUGCCAAAAGAGAAGAAGUCAGGGUCUAUCGACAAAUCGAGCCAGACGUUUGUUGAAAGCGAGAAGCCCAUCUUGCCUGCACUCACCGAACAACAAAAAUUAGAUUCAAUGUUCGGAAAGAAAAUCAGCUCUCCAGGAAACGCGGAGAAGACAACCUCUCAAUUAAAACCGGUGUCAAGUUCAACAGGAAGUGUCACACAACCCUCGAUGAAAGAAGAAGUUAAAACUGCUUCGUCUGUUACCACUUCUGGAUUUUCAGGUUUUGGCGACAAGUUCAAAAAGCCGGAAGGUUCAUGGGAGUGUUCUGCCUGCCUUAUUCAGAACAAACCAGAUGCUACCAAGUGUAUAGCAUGUGAAACGGCAAAACCCUCCAGCUCAGGAAACAAAUCUGCUGCCACUCCCAUAACUGGCUUUUCCACAGGCUCAGCUUUUGGCACCAACUCAUUCAAAAUGCCGGAAGGUCCCAAAGAGACCAUUACAACAUCUAGCAACAGUUCUACUACUCCAGUUAGCACCUCCACUGGUCUGGCAGGUUUUGGAGAUAAAUUCAAGAAACCCGCAGGAGCAUGGGAAUGCGGCGUUUGCAUGGUUCAAAAUAAAGGUGAUACGAACAAGUGCGUUGCUUGUGAAACUCCUAAACCAGGCAGUGGUGGUGAAUCCGCAACUGGAUUGAAAUCAUCAGGUCUGUCAGUCAGCAGCGAUCAAAAAUUCAACUUUGGCGUUGACAAAGCUAGUGAACCGAAAUUUAGUUUUGGUAUCAAGAAAGAUGACACCCAAGACAAACCGGCCAUUUCAUCAGGGUUCAAGUUUGGAGACAAUGGGACAGCAACCAUUGGUGGAACACCACCAGCUUUCUCAUUUGGAGUUCCACCUAAUGCUAAGAAAGAGACUCCAGCUCCUGCUUUUAAUUUCAAUGCCCCUGUAUCAACAGAGCCUAAAAAACCGGAUGAACCUAAAAUUAAUUUCGCUGCACCCACGCCUCCUAAAACUGCUCUGGAUGUCACAGAUAGUGAAGCACCGCCAGCGAAGAAAUCUCUUGGUUUUGCCAAUCCGUUUGGCAGUGUGGAUGUCAAACAAUCAGUGUUCGAUACCAACAAGAAUAUUGCAAGUCCUGUCAAGAGCCAGGCCUCACCUCUCCUUGCAAAACCGAAUGUCCCCAGUUUUAGCUCUCCAACCUCAACUAGUGUGCCGGAUGGAAGCAAAGGGACCUCUCUUCCUAAUAGCACAUUCAGUUUCGGCGCCAGUGCGUUUGCAUCGCCACCCUCUUAUAGUGCUGCGACUAACCAAGGUUCAGCGCAGGUGGCACCACAAUCUCAGAAAGCAGUUCAAGACAUGAAAAUUGAAUCAACUUCAACUCAGCCAAGUGCUACCUCUGCAGUUGCCUUAAACAGCGCCACCGCCAGUUCUAAACCAUCUUUCUCGUUUGAUUCUAGCUCAGUUUUCAAGCCUCCCGCAGCCGGAUUUUCAUUUGGACAAGCUGCUGCAGCUGAAAAACCAAAAGAAAGUUUGUUCGGUAAUGCUGAUAAACCGAAUCAAAGUCUGUUCGGCAACAUUGAGAAACCUAAAGAAUCCGUCUUUGGUGGUGUAGACAAACCGAAAGACUCCGUUUUCGGUGGAAUUGAUAAGCCAAAGGAAUCCCUAUUCGGUGCAACUGAAGCUCCCAAAGAAAACGUAUUUGGAGCAGCUGUCAAACCACAAACAAAUCUGUUUGGAACUGUUGAGAAUAAAGUCGCUGUCAGCACUCCUCAACUUGGGAAUAGUUUCGGAACUUCUGGUGGUUUUGCUUUUGGUAACACCAGUUCAUCUGCACCAUCAAAUGCGUUUGCGUUUGGAGGUGCCAAGCCUGUGGAACCAGCUCCUGCAGCCCCUACUUUCGGAGCCGUCAAUUCUAAUACAUCCGUCUUUAACUUCAAUGCAUCGUCAGAGGCUGCACCUGUCUCUGCUUCUCCAUUUGGUGCUGCAAAUAAGAAUACAUUUUCUUCCCCAUUCCAGUCAACUGUAACAACAACCGCAGCUGAGUCAAAGCCUGUGUUUUCCUUUGGAUCUGCAGCAAGCACAGCCCCCUCUGCCCCAGCCAGUGGUGGAUUUUCAUUCUCAGCAAUGCCUCAGACAAAUAAACCUCAAGGAUUUAACUUCUCUGCCCCUCAGUCAAAUAAUACUCCGGCUAGUGGUGGUUUCUCUUUUGGUGCAGCCGCAGCUCCUAGCCCUGCUGUGACAGCUGCACCCAAACCAGAGCAGUCCUCUGUUUUCAUGCAACCACACCAGAACAACGUUUUUGGGAAUCCUGUAGCUCCGAACUCAAAUCCGUCUCCUUUCGGUGCUCCGGCCAAUCCUGCACCCUCAUUUGGAGCUCCAUCUCAACCUAGUUUCAACUUUGGAGCUAACAGCACCGCUCCUGCUCCGCAGUCUGUUUUCAGCUUUGGCGGCCAGAAUGCCAAUGCUGCCCCAUCUCCUGUCUUUGGCGCUCAAGCGACUAAUGCCACACCGACAUUCAACGUUCACGUUCCAUCAACUUUCAAUUUCACCGGUGGAGCUCCACCAUCCUUCUCAGCAACACCAACAGGUGCUGCUGCAGCUUCAGGGAGGCGUAUAAAGAAAGCCGUAAGGCGGACGCAGCGAUAAAGUCAAGAGGCAACUGUUAAGGUGUCCUGUAAUAUGAAAUGGUGAUGAAGCUCUCCGCAAGUUCUCUUGGAUGGAUUGUUUCUAGUGUUUGAUGUUGGUUGUGUACUUAAAUUUUUUAACCUAUGAGUUAUGAUGAAGAGAAUUGUGGUUAAUUUUCUUGUGACGUCGCAUGCCCUUUGUGCGCAGCAAUGGACAACCUAACAUCAUUCCAAUGAACCGCUACUUGUUGGAUUUGUAACAUAAAGUGUCAAGAAGAAAGUGCAUAUAAAUUGUGUAUAUGUGUAUGUAAAGUUACGUAAUUUUAAUGACUAAGCCGAUUUCAGUUAAAUCAGUUCAUGUGUCUUUUUUUUCUGACCCUCCCUGUUUCAUUUUGGGUCUGUUAAAAAGAAAUCCAAAAAUGCUACUAAAAUAGUUACUUGUAGCUUCCAUAGUAGCUCCAAUAAAAGCAAAAAAGCCAAAAAAAAAAAAAAAAAAAAAAAAAGGGAAAAAAUGUAUUGUGGAGGAGAAAUAUGUUUCUGUUCACAUGGUUUGACCAAAUGACAGAGAGAAAAAUGUAGAAUAUGUGAGUAAAUUCUCAAUUGAAGUACGAAAAUAGUAAAUCAUGAGUGAAAUGAAAUCUGAUAAUUCUAAAACUGUAAGGCAAGUUUAAAACUCCUUUUGAUCAAGUAUCAUAAUCUUAAAUGUGUUGAUGCAUUCCAGUCACUUAAUUCCUCAUGCCAUUGUAUCAAGCAAUGGGUUAAGACAGUUCUAUUACGUUGUUGUGAUCAUUAUUCAUCACUCAAUUCAUUUGCAUCCUUUGAAGAUCCUUGGAUAUAAGUACCUAAAUAAUCCCUUGUACAAUUGAGCAAUGAAUGACAUGAUGCUCUUGGUUUUGUUAUAAAUUUAUUUCCAAGUCCAAGCCUUAACAGUUAAAGGUUUAAUGAACACCAAAAAGAAUUAUGGAAGAGUUAAUCUCUAUUAUCUACCACGUUUUAUAUGGGUAGAAAUAGAGUAUAAUACAUGAGUAGGAUUGCUGAGGUUUGAGCUUUAAAUCACUAACUCGAUCUUUGGAGAUUUCAUGCCAAAUGGCAACCCUGCUGAUGUAUUAUUUAACGAAAGUUUUAGAUAAGGACUUUCUUGUAGCUCAAUAAUUGCCAGCCAUUGUGGCUUCAUCUUUGAGAACUGAUGAGCUGUGAGGAGUAGGAUUUUUGAUGACACUGGGGCUACCAUUUUGUUCUCUGCUAAAGUCUACACCAGUUGAGCCUGUUAAAUCCUGAAUUCCUAAACUAUUGGAAUCAAAGUAGGAUAAACUCUGUGAGCUUGUCUUCUAAAGAACUGUAGAACAUCAUACACACCAGAUGUCUUUAGGAACAAUUCAGACUGUAAAAGCAUAAUGCCUAAUUUACUUCAAACUGAAAUCAAGUCCAAGUGUUCAGGCAUCACUUACAAACCAGGCGCUGAGAGCUUGCCUUAAGAUUUGAGAAGUUAGUCUUAAUUCCUAGAAUGUGAAAGAUAAGUUGUUAAUUCCAUCUUUUUUCAAACAUGAUUCAACAGAAAUCGGCUCUUGCGAUUGAAACUGUAGUAAUGGAAAAACUGUUCGAUUUACUCUUACAGUAGUUGAGUGGAAUAUUUUUAAAUUUCACCCUCAUGAGAAAAAUUAAAAUUGUUUAAUUUCUGAAAAUGUGUACCCAUUUAUCUAAAAAUGCUCACCAACUCUUAAUUAACAACCAGGGUGUCUACAGGGCUGGAAAACUCAGUCCAGCAGGAAGGAAACGUACAAAUUUUACGAAAUUCCACAAAAAUAGUCCAGAAUUUUUUCUCUUGCCCGAUUUUUCCAAUCUCAGAAUUUCCUGAACUGUCAAAAUUAUCUAGAAGCUCUAAUAUUGUUUUUAAAAUUAGUAAUUUAAAUUCCUCCCUUUUCAAUUUUUUCCAGCUAUUGGUAGAUUAUUCUAUUGAAAGGUCGGACAUCUUUCCUUGGAACCUGUAGACACCCUAGUGAAAAGAUAGUAAGAUCUUUAUUUUCUCUCUGUCUCACAACGGUUUGACUAUUUGCUAGUUGUAAGUCCUCUCUGUAUUAGGAAAUGUGUUGAUUUGUAUUGCUGGAAAAUAGAGAAUUGACUCAUCUUGAGUGGGACCAUCAAAAUGAGAAGAUAUCAGUUGCUUUUAAGUGAUAGCUUUGUCUCAUUUUGAACGCCCACAAUUUUAAGUGGAGACUUCUUAAGUAGAAUUUCCCCCUCAAUAUUUGAAUGCCCAUCACUCUGACAGGCAUAUCAUUUUUAUAAGAAUCUAUACACCCUCGAAAUUUGUCCUUUUCUAUUUUGUUUAGUUACUCUCGUAUUCUUCAAUUGGUGAACAUCUUUGCGAGAAUCUAUUUUAAUAUAUUUGUUCAAAAAAUUUCCUAUUUGGAUUUCCUGAAGUCUCUACCAAAAUUACUUUUUAACCGUUCCCAUAACUUUUGCUCUUAUUAAACCCAGAUAUUUUUGAUUCUAUGUUGAAAGAAUUCUACAAAAGUGAUAGGUAUUUUUAUCGUAGUAACAAUGUAAUAACAGAUAUGUAUCCCACAGGGACUGAUUUGAAUUGUGUACAUUGAUAUUUAUUUAUUUUCUUCCCAUACGGUAUUUUUUCAAUUGAAAAAAAGAAAUAAUAAUAAUUCUGUUUCUCUAUUUUUCAAUCGUGUGUUCAGUCAGUCAAUUGUGGUUUAUUUGUAGAACCCUAACCAAAAUUUUGAGGCGAAUGUCAUUUGAGGAACGUUACUAAGUUUAUGCAAGGAUAUUUUUUUUUACGUCAGUACAUUUUUAAUUUUAUUUAAUCGCUAACACAAAAACUGAAAAUAUUUAGAAAAUUACUAUCUCAACAGGCAAAUGCCCUAUUUUGAUUUCAGUAACACCAACUCCUUUUAGCAAUGAUAAAAUUCCGAUGAGUUCUUAAACUGAUAAAUUUCUUAGCGGAAGAAAGCAUUUAGACACCUAACAAACCCAAUUAGGUUUCUUACUUCAUUUCAAUGUACACACAGCUUCAGUAAUUAUGAAACAGCAGCAUAAUUAUGAGGUAACCAAAAAUAUUACUUAACAAACCACUUGUGCAGAGACUCAAAAUAUUUUUGCUUGUUCAGACAAAGAAUGAAAACAUUGAGAAUCAAUUGGACCACAUUUAGAAUUGAGGAAUUACGAUUUCUGUCUGACUUUAAAAACAGGGUAUGUUCCCUACGCUCAUAAGUGUUUUUACAGAUGCUCCAGAAAUUGUCGUUCCUAAUUGCAAAAUGAAGUCCAAUUUUUUCACCUCUAAGAAACAGGGAUUAGGAUCACCUCGCUGGUCUUUUUUUGCUGUGACAAAACAAUUCUACCUUGUUUUUUUUUUUUUUUAAAAAAAAAACACAAAACUGCCAAAACCAGCUCUUCACGAAAUUCUAUUCAAGAUUUCCGUACAUGCACAUACUUUUGAAAUGCUAUUAAAGUGCCUGAGUUUUUCACAGUCCUAAAUAUACAGAUCUUAAAGAUUUUACCCAGCAAUAUAUUAUCAAAACAGUUUCCUACAGAGUUAAUUUGUGUUCUCGAGAAUUUGACAGCUGAGAAGGCCAAAUCACCUAUUCAGGUGGUUUGGUAAAGACUUGGCUUUUUGCUGUGAUGAAGUGUUCAGCGAUGGAUUUUCAUAAUUUUUUUCCCUUCUUUCUUAACAGAUUAACAGAAAAGGUGAACCUAAAAAACAGGAAUCUCUGGAAACCGUAACGUUUAAUACAGUUUUUUUUUACCUUUUUUUUUUUUUUUUUUUUUUUUUUUUUUUUAACUGAUCUUGAACCUUUCUUUAGAAUUUCUCAGCUGUCAGUUCUAACUUAAAGACGCUUCAGCAGUCUUAAUUUUUAUUUUUCUUCAUUUGCAAACGCUAGACUUUAAAGCAUUACAACUAAUAUGAAAUGUUGCCCUACCAUAAACAAAGUUUAAUAGUUUCUUAGGUUCCAAAAAUUUCAAGUCAAAAGGCAAGAAGGAUAGUCGAUAGUGCUGUAUUAUGCUGUGAAAAAAGAGAAAUACUUUAGUUUUCAUGCUUAAAUACAAAUUAAACUCUCCCCACCUACCUAAUUUAUCUCUGACUUUCCUAAAAUUUGGAGAGUGCAUUUCUUCAGAGAAAUAUUGAAGAUGUGAGAUUUCUAUCUAUUUCUCUCCCCGUUAAAAUCAUUUUUGAUUGAGCACGUCUAGAUCAUAGAGCACUAAGAAUGAGUAGAAAUAUCUCACAUUCAUUUUUUCACUCAUAACUAUGUAUUCUUUUCGGAGCUGGGAGGAACAUAUUUAAUAAGCUUUGGUAAAAAUUAACUUUAAAUCUUUUGAGAAUUCAUGUCCCAUGACAAACUUUGUUGAAUUCCCUCAGGACUCAUGUUCUCGGUUAAUUUGUUAAGGAUACAACCAAUCCAGUCGGCUCAACCUUUUAACUCGUAUUUUUGCCUCCUAAGUUCAAUGAAAAACAUGCAACUCAAAACAGAAUAACUGUUUUCAAAGGUAACAAAUAACCACAUUCAGUUAUUUGAUGCUUUUUGUUGAUCCAAAUGGUCAGCAUCAAUCGCUUAUCUCUUAGGUAAUGUAAUAUUGUAACUUGAGAUUGAAGUAUGUCUCCUUCGGUUUAGUCUGAAAGGAGUCUGAUUUACUCACAUAGCAUGUAUAUUCUUUCAUUCAAACAAGAGAAAUAUUUUUAAGGAGCUCGUAGAUGCAAUUUUAACUGUAGCAUAAAACGGUAAACCGUUAAAUUCAUUGGUUGCAAAAGAUUGUCGGCUUCUUUUUUUCAAGAUGAUCUCUCCAGGAGUUAUGAUGUAAAUUCGUUUUCUUUUUCUCUUAAGAAGGAGUCAAUGGUCAGUAGAUUUUUCUAGUUUUACUUGAAUUUUUUUCUUGCUGCAAUGUUGCCUCGCUUCUUAAAUGCUGCUUAGUAAGUCAGGCUCCUUUGGUAAGAAUCUAGUUUUGUGCUAAUAUCUUUUUGGGUUACGAUUAAAAUUUUCUUCUGUGGCAACAGCAGUCUGAUUCCGAAGAUGAGGUUUUGAAGUGUUGAUUAUCCUCUGAAAUUGAUUAAAGCUUCAAGGGGAUGCCUCUCUAUUCUUUUUGGUUAGUUUGAAAUCGUUGAAAAAAAAUGACUGCAUGUAAGUACUGCAAAAUGUCCUAAUGCAUUUUAACUAAAUUUUUAUCACAAUUUGGGACAUUAAUUUCAGUUUCUCAUGCAUUUUGAGAUAGUUCAAGGUAGACCCAUCCAGGUUAUUAUAGAAUUAUUUGUGAGGUACGAUACUGACUGUAAGUAUCAGAACCAGUUGAAAUGCUAUGGGAAUCAAUUCAGUUCUUUUCUCUCAUAUGUUGAAGUUUCAUUUUAUCAUCAUUAUUAUUUCAUACAGAACUUUCAUUUUGAAAUUUUUGCCUUCUUUCACCUUAUAAAUGAGAUCGUUCAUCCUCCAGUCCAUACCGACAAAUGCAAAUUGCUAUUGAUUUGUCUCAAAGUGUUAAUAAUUUCCUCCUUCUUACUUUCUUUUAGCAUUGAAAUUAUUAAGAAAUCUUCUAAAUUUUUUAUAACUAGAUUGGUUAAUUAGUACGAUUUUAUUUAAACUUCUCAUUUUAAAUUUUCCCCCCAGAUUUUCAUUCAAUUGAAAUUCAAAUCUUCCCUGGAUUAAUAUACAUCUCUUCGGACGCUUUUUUAAGCUAUUGAAUCAUUUCAUUCAUCCUUUUCAAAAUAUGAAACCCAAGAAUUUUCCAGGAGGUCUUUUUUUUUGUUUUUGUCGAUUUCUCUUUGUCUCAUUUUUGCUACAAGGAAUCAAGUUUAUUAAAAGUCCCUUUUACUGGGAGUCUUUCCUUUCUCACUGCAGAAAAGUUUCUAUAUCUAUAUAGAAGUCAGACAUCCCUCAAAAUCAAAGGAAACUUCUACAUUCUUUCAUGCGGCUAAACCUUUGCUUGUCAUCUGCCUCAGUAUUCGAUUCAGUGUCGCAGAGCUCCUGGAUACAAGGAAUGUAUUAGGAGAUUUCAUUUGGCAAUCUUUUUUUUUAUUCAAUUCUUCUGUUUUCUGUUCCUUACUUGAAACCUGUUAGACUUAUGCAGAUUUUAGGGUAAUUUUUUGACCAGAAAUAGAGAAAAUAGUUUCCAGUCUUAAUGGAACUCAUUCCAUUUUGCUACUUAUAUGGUAUUUUGAGUGUUCCAGAACUACUUCAUUUCUAUCUCUCCUGAAUCAUUGUGUAAUGUAAUACUUUUUCUUUUUCUUUCCUUUUUUCAAACUUGCUGUUAAUCUCCAUCCAGAUGGAACUACAAUGUUGAAGAAUCAAUUUAACAGUGUGUAAAGAAAUAGCAUAUCUUAAAUGUAGUAAUGGGCUCUCCUGACCCAAUCUUUUGUUAUUUUGAUGCAAUCGGAAUAUUAAUUGUGAUGUAUUUUCGCCGUUUUUUAAAAACUGUGACUUGUUUUUGCAUUUUUCAAGUAGCCCUUGUUGUACAUUAUUGGAAAUUGGUUUAUCUAAAAGCAGGUACCUUUUUUUAACUUAUCUUGGUUCUCAUACCUAACCUCUCAGAAUAAAAAAUUGCAAAUUGUGUCAUUAUCUAGCUGUUAAGGAGUUCUAGUGCUCAUAGCAGAAGAACAGAGAAGUAUGUAGAAAUUUGUUAAUGACCCCCGUGGAAAACUGUGAUAUCGAAUGAGUCCAUGAAAUCUCUAUACGUGGUACGAGUGUUGAUUUUAGUCUUUUAAUUUUUGACGUGCUAUUCCUUAAAAGCAAAAUCCUCUGAGAUGGUGAUGGUAAUCAAAUGAAGUCGGACUAUUUUUUUUUUCUUGUUCAAAGCAACAUUUGUAAAGGAAUGUUUUUGGCCCCUCCGUACUCCAUUCUUCUCAUAACUCUAAAACAUAGUUUUAAAGUCACUUGAUUUUUUGCAUCAAUGUUGAAAAAAGCCCUCCCUCUUUCUUCUUUAAAGUGUUCUUCUCUGUCUGAAUUAUACUUUGCUCAUUUGUUUUACCUCUUAAGAUAUUUUCAGUUUUUAAGAGUAAAAAAAUCUGUGAAUAUUUGUUUAUUUUCUCUUUAUACUCAAUUGCUUUCCGUAGCAGCUCAUAGAAUACCUAUUUUCUAUUUCAGUGAAAAAAUACGUGCGAUUUAUUUUGUAUCUUGCAUGAAAACUUGAUUCUUUUUUCUCUCAUUAUUCGCAUUUAUUAAACAGUUUUUUUUUUCCUACGUAACUAGUACGUAACAUGAUCUUAGUCAGCAUGUCCAGGAACAUGCCAGUGAAAGAAGUCGUAAAUAAGAGGGCUUCUUAAUUUUCGUAUUUGUAUCUGGUCUCCUCUGUUGUUUCAUUUGCAGUUACAAUACACUUCUGUCGUUUUUUUUAUUUGAAUCUACCAUUAAACCCUAAUUUUUCUCUGUAAAGGAGUGUACUAAAUUUUUUCGUUCUUGAUGCUUUUUAAUUUCUGUCUUGUUUUCAUGCAAACCAUUGAGUUCAUUUGAAUCCUUUUUUUUUUUGUCAGACCUUGAAUUGGAAUGUUUUGGAUUUAACUGUUAUUGAGUUGUGAUCAAGUAUGCAGGCAUCAACUUUAGUGAGUACCAUUAAAUUGGUGAAAUUAUCGAUUUUUGAAGCUCUAUAAUAUCAGCUCUCUCUCAUCAACACAAAUUUAGAUAAAAAUGAUGUAUCUUGUUUUAUUUAUUGCUUAAAUUAAGUUUCCGAUUCGAGCCCAAAGGUUUUUGUAAAUCAAACUCUGCCUUUAGGAAUGAAUAGAGAAAGCUUCGGCAGUAAAAUUCUAUCAGCCUUCAUCUGUCCAAAUGAUUUCGUUGAUUUUUAAGGUUUUUUAAAGGAGACAAACUUUCUUUUCAUGUUCAAUCUCAAAAUGAUAAAUAAUUCAUAAUCAAAGUCUAGUUCUUUUCAUUCCCCAGUCUUUUUUCCUCUCUUCCUGUCUCACAGGAACUUGUCAAUGUACCAUCAUCUGCCACAGAUGUUUGUUUAAGCAGUAAGGGAAACCAUAAUUAAGCUGUACUCUUAAUUUUUUUGAAAAAGUUAAAAUUAUUACCAGUCAAGUUUACCACUUAAAAAAUUGUGGUUAUUCAUAUCUUUAUUUUUAUACUUUAUUUUUUUAAAGAAGUGUACACUUUUUCUCAAUUUCUUCUAUUGAAAGGAAGACACCUUGCGAUUGUUGUGGAAUCAAGUUGUGUCACAUCUUAUUUUAUAUUUCGUUCUACCCAAAACUGCCCAUUAUUUUUCCUUCCUUUCCCUCUUCAGAUUUUCGGAUUUUCAGUGAAAAUUAUUUUUACUAAAUGACUUUUCCGAGAUGUUUCAUCAUUUUAAGUUAAUAAAUUUUCUUAACCGAAGGAAAGCCAGUUCUAAGAUAUUCAGGUCAGGAGUCAUUCUUUUCUUGCAAUUGCAAGAACCAUAACUUGCAUCCACAACUUUUAUGAAUUUUGUCGAGAACCCCUCUCAUGUUUACUAAUGGAUUUAAGUUCGAGUGAAAUAAAAAAUUCAAAGUAAUUAGGUCACUAUUGUAAAAAUUGUAAAGAUUAACUUGUUUAGUAAUCUUCAUUUAUUUCAUUUUCAUUGUUGAAGCGAAGAAAAUUUUAAUCAUUUGUCGUCAUUGAAAGUCCCUCUACUGAGGGCAUUUGUAAUUAAUGUAAUAAUGUUGAUUUUGUUGUCUCAUUUUCAAUGUGUGUAAAUAUUAUUAUUUAGGCUUGUAAAUAUUAUUGUUUAUCCUACCACGACGAGUCUUUUGAUUUUAAUCUGUUAUCUCUUUUAUUUUUGCGCAGUGCAUAUUCAUGUCAGCUCAAUUUCAAACCACAUUUAGCCAUGAACCUUAGUUCUUGAUUCCUAAAUCCAGUGAUUUGAACAUCUUUUUUAAUGUGAUUUUUUUUCUCUCUCUGGUAAGCCUUUUUUCAUUCUUUUUUAAUAUUUUUAUUCAAGGAAAAUGGCAGUGUCAUUUCUUUCUUAACAUGUGGAUGUUCAAUUUUAGUUUUUUUAAUAUGUUAUAUUUUAGCAAUUUCUUUUUGUUUUUUUAAAAUGACGAGAAAGAAUAAAUUAUUUUGAAACUUGAUCAUUGGUUUAAACAGAAGAACUAAUAUGAAUAUCCAAGGCGAAAUGAUUAAAAGAGUUUUACCCUCAAAAUGAUUGUGAAAAGAAAGAAAAUUAAAAUUGCUGCCAACUAUUUUCAAAUUUUCCUCUCCUUAUCUUUGAUCUCAAAGAUCUUUCACAAACUUUUCAUGAUUAACAUUAUAGCGGAGUUUAUUGAUAACGGAAAAGUUGCUAAUUUCCACUCCCCUAAUGAAAAUCAAUUUCAAUCUAUUUAUUCCUUUCAUUUACGUUUUCUCUCUUUCAUGCAGUCGAUUUUAAUGUGAAAGCAUAAAUAACCUUAUGAUUUAUUUUAAUUGAUUAAUAAAACAAAAUUUUAUUUUGGAAA